AAAUCGCCAGAGGUCCAAGAGCUUGGGGCAGUAGUGAGCACUAACAUGGCUGAUAAUGGGGCUGGCUUAUUAGACCAGCUGAAGUCGUGCAUCGUCUGGUCUUGGGCAUACUUUUGGACUAUCUGGUUCUUUGUUAUGCUAUUUUUGGUCAACAUUCUACGACUGCCCUUUAGAUACGACAGUCUUACCACAGCACCCGGCCCAGCCAUGUUUGGCACCGAGUCCUCACUAAGCAUGUUCCUGAAUACUCUGACGCCCAAGUUUUACGUGGCUUUGACGGGGACGUCUUCCUUGAUUUCGGGCCUCAUAUUGAUAUUUGAGUGGUGGUACUUCAGGAAGUAUGGCACUUCCUUCAUCGAGCAGGUGUCAGUGAGCCACCUGCGCCCUCUGCUGGGCGGUGUGGACAAUAGCACCCCCACCAACACCAACACCAGUAACGGAGAUGCAGACUCCAACCGACAGAGUGUGUCAGAAUGUAAAGUAUGGAGAAAUCCACUUAACUUAUUUCGAGGAGCAGAGUACAACAGGUACACGUGGGUGACAGGUCGAGAGCCUCUCACAUACUAUGACAUGAAUCUCUCGGCGCAGGACCACCAGACCUUUUUCACAUGCGACUCUGAUCAUCUCCGCCCAGCCGAUGCUAGUAAGAGCUACGCCGCACCUCCCCUUCAGGCCAAAGUGUUGUUGCUUGAUGACAUUUUAAUGGAACCAACUAUCAACUCAAAAGAAAUAAUGCAGAAGGCUUGGCGAGAGAGGAACCCACAGGCACGGAUUUCUGCUGCUCAUGAAGCACUGGAGCUGGAAGACUGCGCCACUGCAUACAUCCUAUUAGCUGAAGAGGAGGCUACUACCAUAGUGGAGGCAGAGAAGCUCUUCAAACAGGCGCUUAAGGCAGGAGAGGGCUGUUACCGACGCAGUCAGCAGCUCCAGCAUCACGGAUCACAGUACGAAGCGCAACACAGAAGGGACACAAAUGUAUUAGUUUACAUUAAGAGGAGACUUGCCAUGUGCUCCCGAAAGCUUGGGAGGACGAGGGAAGCAGUGAAAAUGAUGAGAGAUUUAAUGAAGGAGUUCCCUCUCCUCAGUAUGUUCAAUAUCCACGAGAACCUGCUGGAGUCGCUUCUGGAGCUGCAGAACUACGCUGACGUACAGGCAGUACUCGCCAAGUACGACGAUAUUAGUUUACCUAAAUCUGCAACAAUAUGCUACACAGCAGCCCUCCUCAAAGCCAGAGCUGUAUCUGACAAGUUUUCUCCAGAGGCAGCGUCUCGGCGGGGCUUGAGCACAGCAGAGAUGAACGCGGUAGAAGCCAUACACAGAGCUGUGGAGUUCAACCCACACGUACCCAAAUACCUCUUAGAGAUGAAAAGUUUGAUACUCCCACCGGAGCACAUCCUUAAGCGGGGGGACAGCGAGGCCAUCGCCUACGCCUUCUUUCACCUGCAGCACUGGAAGCGGGUGGAGGGUGCCCUCAACCUGCUGCACUGCACCUGGGAGGGUACAUUCAGAAUGAUCCCCUACCCUUUGGAAAAAGGCCACCUCUUUUACCCAUACCCCAUCUGUACAGAGACAGCCGACAGAGAACUCCUACCAACAGUGUUCCACGAGGUGUCGGUGUACCCGAAGAAAGAGCUGCCCUUCUUCAUCCUGUUCACAGCCGGCCUCUGCUCCUUCACAGCCAUGCUGGCCCUGCUCACCCACCAGUUCCCCGAGCUCAUGGGAGUCUUCGCUAAAGCUUUUCUCAGCACGCUUUUUGCGCCUCUCAACUUCAUCAUGGAGAAAGUGGAGAGCAUCCUACCUUCCAGCCUUUGGCAUCAGCUCACGCGCAUCUAAACCCCCUCGACCUUCGACCGGCCCGGUGUGUUACGGCUGAGCCUCACCCUCGUGCCAAGCUCUGUGUCCAGCUGCCCAUGGGCAGAAGAGAAGAGGAGAAGGAGGAGGAAAUACCCACCGGCAGAUUAAGGGAAAAAAACAAACAUUCAAAAGAGAGAAAGUCAAUUAUGGUUUUGACUUAUUUUUUAAAAAACGUUCUUCUGUUCCCAAUUUCUUUUUUUUUUGUUUUGUUUUGUUUUAUGAUUUUUUUUUUUUUUUCCAAACUCAUGUUGGAACCUGUUUUUUGUUGUACAAAAAAGAGGUGAUUAAAAUGCCAUCAAAAAGGACAAAAAAAUAAAGACUUUUGUGUAUUGCUGCA